AUGUUAGAAAAGUUUCAUUGUGAUUUUAUUAUCAACUUCUUUGGUGCAGUUUGUGUACCAAGUAAAAUGAGUUUAGUCACUGAAUUUGCUGAAUGUGGAAGUAUAGAAGAUAUAAUGAUUCAUAAGAGUCGUAGAGAUAUUUCAAAUCUAAUGAGGAACAAAUUUGUGUAUGAUGCAGCUCGAGGAAUUUUGUAUUUACAUAACAAUGGCAUUUUACACAGAGAUAUCAAGCCAGACAACAUUUUAGUUGUAUCAAUGGAUUUUGAAAACAAAGUGAAUGCUAAAUUGACUGAUUUUGGAAGUAGUAGAAACAUCAACUUGUUGAUGACUAACAUGACUUUCACCAAAGGAGUUGGAACACCAAAGUACAUGGCGCCUGAAGUGUUGAAUAAAGAAAAAUAUCGAAUGCCAAGUGAUAUUUUCUCUUUUGCAAUAACCAUGUAUGAAAUUUUCAAUUGGGAAAAAUGUUACAACAAAGAAAAUUUUAAUUAUCCGUGGAACAUCGUCGAGUUCGUAGUCGCUGGUAAGCGACUUGAAAUUGGAAGUGAUAUGUCUAAUGAGCAAUUUAAAUUAAUACAGAGUGCUUGGAUUCAAAAUACCAAAGAGCGUGCGACUAUUCAACAAAUUGUUGAUGCUUUGCAAAACAUGAUGUAA